AUGAGACUCUUGCUGGGUCUUCUAGCUGUGAGCAGCGCAGUGCUCGCAGCUUGGAAUACUUCAGACGACGCGUCAAUAUGGGAGAAUUAUGUUGAAGACUCCAACUAUCACGAAUUUAUCAGCACUGAAAGUGAGCGAGGACUGUUCCCAAAUAUUUUCAAUCUCGCGACGAAUUCAUUGAUUAUGUCAACAUCUACAUGUGGUCAAUACUCAACAGAAGAAUACUGUAAGCUGGUAGAACAUGUCCUACUACGAAAAACGACCAAUACUCAAUCUCCUCAAUGUGAUAUUUGUGAUGCAAAUAACGUUCAUAAAAGGCAUCCGAUUGAGUAUGCAAUUGAUGGAACAAGACGGUGGUGGCAAUCUCCUUCGCUUGCAAAUGGAUUAGAUUUUGAGAAAGUGAACAUCACUAUUGAUUUGAGACAAGAAUAUCAGGUUGCCUAUGUUAUCAUCAAAAUGGGAAAUGCUCCGAGACCUGGUACAUGGGUUCUCGAAAAGUCGUUAGAUGGAGAAAAUUACGAACCAUGGCAAUAUUUUGCCAUGCAAGAUGCUGAAUGUAUGAGACAGUUCGGAAUCCCAGCCACCACUGGAGUUCCACGAUUCCAGCGAGAUGACGAAGUGCACUGUACGUCUGAAUACUCGAAGAUCACACCAUUGGAGAAUGGAGAGAUUCACACUUCAUUGGUGAAUGGAAGACCUGGAGCCGAGAAGCCGAGUCUUGAGCUACAAAAAUUCACAAGAGCAAGAUUCGUGAGAUUAAGACUUGUUUCUCCAAGAACACUCAAUGCAGAUUUGAUGAUUAUUAACAAGAAGUCACAUUCUCUUGAUAAAUCAGUUACUAUGAGAUAUUUCUAUUCAAUUUCCGAUAUUUCAAUUGGAGGUCAAUGUAUUUGCUACGGGCAUGCUGAAAGCUGUCCCAGUGAUCCUGUGACAGGACAAUUCAAAUGUGAAUGUCGUCACAACACAUGUGGUGAAUCCUGCAACCGUUGUUGUCCUCUUUUCAAUCAACUUCCAUGGAAACCUGGAACGAACUCUCAUCCAAAUGUCUGUCAACAGUGUCAAUGUUUCAACCAUGCGCAUACUUGUGUCUAUGAUGAGGAAUUGGACAGAAAUAAAUGGUCGAUUACUCCAGAAGGUGUUUACGAAGGUGGUGGUAGAUGUUUGGAUUGUACUCACAACACAGAAGGAUUCAAUUGUGAACGGUGCAAAGAUGGGUACUACAGACCUUCUGGAAUGUCCCAUUAUAGAGAAGACGCAUGCCGAACUUGCGAAUGUGAUCCUGUUGGAAGUGUUUCCGAUGCUUGCGUUCGAGAUGAUCAAAGCGCAGAAAACGGACAAAAACCAGGAGAUUGCAUCUGUAAACCUGGAUUCGGAGGAAGAAGAUGUGAAAGAUGCGCUCCAGGAUACCGUAACCAUCCCACCUGUGAACCUUGCCCGUGUAAUCGUGCUGGAAGUGUUAACUUUGAUACUUGUGAUGGAGCAAGCUGUCAAUGUAAAGCCAACGUUGAGGGAAUCUACUGUGAUAGAUGUAAACCUGGAACAAUUCAUCUCUCUGCUUCAAAUCAAUUUGGUUGCCAAUCAUGUUUCUGUUUCGGAUUGACAAGUACUUGUACUCAAACCGAGUGGAAUACAGCUCAAAUUACCAAUAAUGUUGGAUGGAAUUUGACGGAUUUGACCGGAGGGAAAGAUGUGAAACCAGAAGUGGAGAAUGGAGAAGUGUUGAUGUUCAAUGCAAAUCAAAAUCAAGAUCGUAGUUUGUAUUAUUGGAAGGCUCCGGAAAGUUUCAAGGGGAAUAUGUUGAACAGCUAUGGAGGAUUCCUUCACUACUAUGUCUAUUACGUUCCGACCGAACAAGGUGCUUCAGUACCGGUUCCAGAUGUUUCUAUUGAAGGAAACGGAAUUAAGGUUGAGUAUUACUCAAGAAUCGAAUUCCUUCCAAGAGAGAAUAUGACAGUUACAAUUCCAAUUCGAGAAGGUAAUGGAUGGUAUAAUACUGCAACUAGGAACACAGUUGAUAAAGCGGAUCUGAUGCGAGCACUGGCUCAUGUUGAUAAAUUUAUGGUUCGAGCAAUGUAUCAGCAGUUACAAUUACAAUCAAGCAUCUUUGGACUAUCAUUGGAUACUGCUGUCCCAGCUCCAGACGAGAUUGUUGAAGAGGAUAACUCUCUUAGUGGACUCAGUUAUCACAGUCAAGAUACUCUGAUGAGAGGAGUCGAAGUAUGUGAGUGUCCAGAUAAUUUUGCUGGAAACAGUUGUGAAUCAUGCAAAAAAGGAUACAGAAGAGUGAAUAAUCAAUUGUACGGUGGACGAUGUGAGAAGUGUAACUGUGAAGGACAUUCAGAUGAUUGUGAUCCAUUUACUGGAGAAUGUUUCAACUGCCAACACAACACCACUGGAAGCAGAUGCGAGCUUUGUAAGCCUGGAUAUUAUGGAAACCCAUCGGACGGAGGAGAGCUGGGAUCUUGUAUGCCGUGUGAGUGCAACAAUCAUUCUGACGUAUGCAUGCUCACUGAACUGAUCGUGGCUGGAGUUGCCGCUGCUAACCAAGAUGAUUUCGUCUGCACAAACUGUUCAUUGGGACACGAAGGAAACAAAUGUGAGCAGUGUUCAGAUGGAUACUUUGGAGAUGCAAUUAAUGGGGAGUGUGAGGAAUGUAUUUGCAAUGGGAACAUUGAUAAAAUGGCUAUUGGAAAUUGUGAUCCCAAAAGUGGAAAAUGUCUCAAAUGCAUCCAUCAUACGACUGGAGAUUCCUGUGAAGUGUGCAAAGAAAACCACUGGGGAAAUGCUCAACAACACACUUGCAAACCAUGUGGAUGUCAUACUCAAGGAUCAGUGAACUCCCAAUGUAAUGAAGAGAAUGGAGAAUGUGAAUGCAAGGAAAACUAUAUUGGAAGCCAGUGUGAUAGAUGUAAGGAGAAUCAUGGAGACGUGGAUAAUGGAUGUCCAGCGUGUGAUUGCAACGAGACCGGAAGCAUAGGAACGGAUUGUGACCAAGUCAGCGGACAGUGUAAUUGCAAGCAAGGUGUAUUCGGAAAACAAUGUGAUCAAUGUAGACCUUCCUAUUUCAACUUCACCGAUGCUGGAUGUCAAUUCUGUCACUGUAACAUUUAUGGAUCAAUUGAAGAUGGAAAAUGUGAUCAAGCUAGUGGAAAGUGUGAAUGUCGAGAAAACGUCGAAGGAACAAUGUGUGAAAAGUGUGCCGAUGGAUAUUUCAACAUCACCAGUGGAGAUGGAUGCGAGAAUUGUGGUUGUGAUCCAACAGGAUCUGAAGAUGUUUCCUGCAAUCUGGUAACUGGCCAAUGUGUCUGCAAACCAGGUGUCACUGGUCUCAAAUGCGAUAAAUGCCUUCCCAACUUCUACGGUCUUACCAAGGAAGGAUGUACCGAGUGUGAGCCAUGUCCUGCUCCAGGUCAAGUCUGUGAUCCUGUGGAUGGAAGCUGUGUUUGUCCACCGAAUACAGUCGGAGAAAUGUGUGAGAACUGUACAACAAACGCAUGGGAUUAUCAUCCACUGAAAGGAUGUAAACUCUGCGAUUGUUCUGAUAUUGGAAGUGAUGGAGGACAAUGUAACACGCUCACUGGGCAAUGCAAAUGUAAGGAAGCAUAUGUUGGUUUGAAAUGCGAUCUUUGCACCCAUGGAUUCUUCAAUUUCCCGACUUGCGAGCCAUGUGGAUGUAAUGCAGCUGGAACUGAUUCAUUGCAAUGUAAGGAUGGACAGUGCCUUUGCAAUGAAAUGGGAGAAUGUCCUUGCAAGGAAAACGUACGUGGUCAAAAGUGUGAUCAAUGUGCUAAAGGUACAAUCAGUUUGGAUGGAUCCAAUCAAAAAGGAUGUACUGAAUGUUUCUGUUUCAAUCGAACAUCAACAUGUGAACAAUCAAAUCUUGUUUGGCAACAAAUGUAUUCUGAAGACCGACGAGCACUAUUCCAAGAGCCAUCCGAAGUUUUCUCAAGGAAGCACAACAUUAAAAUUUUGAAAGUGAGAUUUAUCCACUCUAACCUAGUUAUUUUUUUCCCUUUUCAGCAAAGUCCAUCCCAUUUCAACAGCUGGCGAACUGACGAAACUCCUCUCUAUUGGCCGCUCCCAACUACUAUGCUUGGUGAUAGAACCACGAGUUACAAUGGAUUUUUGAGAUUCAAAAUUUGGAAUGAAGACAACAGAAGAGGACUUCAUGGAGUCCGACCUGAUCAACGAUAUUUCCGAUACUUCCCACAAGUCAUCAUUGUUGGAAAUAAUAGAAUUGAAUUGGAACAUAUUCCAAACGAAAUCAAUGACGAUGGAAUUUAUAAGAUCAGAAUUCAUGAAUCAGAAUGGCGUGCCCGGCAUUCACCUGAAUUGUCUCUAACCCGAAAACAGUUGAUGAUUGCUCUUCAAAAUGUUCAAGGGAUUUAUGUUCGAGGAAGUUACAACUAUCCAGCUGAAGGCGAUGCCAUCAAUAUCCAAGAAAUUUCCCUAGAUGUUGCUGUUUCUGAAUCAAAAAUUGUUGCUGGUCUAUCUGCAUCCAAAGCGAUCGGAGUGGAAACUUGUUCCGGAUGUCCGCAGGGAUAUUCUGGAUUGUCUUGCCAGAAUCCAGAUGAAGGAUAUUGCAGAAAGAAGCAUCGGGAUUAUUUGAACCAAGCCGACGAUCUUGCAUUGAUUGGAUGGAGUGAACCAUGUUCUUGUCAUGGACACUCCCAAACAUGUAAUCCGGAUACUUGUGUAUGCACUGAUUGUGAGAACAACACCUUCGGAGAUUUCUGUGAGCAUUGUCUUGCUGGUUACAUCGGAGAUGCUCGAGAAGGCGGAGCCAACGCUUGUACAAAGUGUGCUUGUCCUCUCGUCGAGAACUCAUUCAGCGAUUCCUGCGUCCCAGUUUCUCAUGGAAGAGGAUACAUUUGUGAUGCCUGCAAACCCGGUUACACUGGACAAUACUGUGAAACUUGUGUGGCUGGAUAUUACGGAGAUCCACAACAUAUUGGUGGCACAUGCACACUUUGUGAUUGUCAUCCAGAUGGUUCACUUCAUGGAGCAUGCAAUCCGCUGACAGGACAAUGUGAAUGUAAACCAGGAGUCACUGGAAGAACUUGUUCAAUGUGUCAAGAGAGACAUGCUUUCAUCAAUAGAGUAUGUACUUCUUGUGAUCAAGGAUGUUAUCUUCCAUUGAUGAUUACAAUGGAUGAUAUGGAAGAACAUCUGGGACGUCAGAACUUCUCGGGAUUGAAGCCAAUACCAUGGAAAAGAGUAUGGAGAAUUGGAAACGAAUCUCAAGAUUUAGCAGCAUUUGUUGGAGGAAUCGACAAAGACGGAGAGAUUGUUAAAGAUAGUAAAUGGGCAAAAGAUGCAUUUGGACUACUGGAUGAGGUCAAUUUCCAAAUGGGAAGAUCCGAUAAAUCUGCAAUUUCCAUCAAACAAUUCACCGAACUUGCUGAGAAACUAAUCCUUGAUUCUCAAAUUUAUUACGCUAACGCAUUCAAUACCACCAACUUCCUGAAAAUGUUUGCGGAAAAUGGAGCCACAACUGUAGGAGGAGCAGCCUUGGAUGGAAUGUUGAUGGAAGCAGAAGCUCAUUUAAAUGCGACUGUUGAGAGAGGAGAAUACAUUGAGAAGAGACAUAAUAGAGCUCAACAAGAACAUCAGAAAGCGGAAGAAUUGUUGAAAUUGGUAACUGCUCAGAAGUUGAACGAGACGAUUUUCGAGGAUCUCAAGAAUCGGAUUGACGUUUUGGAACAGUGGAUGAACGAUUAUAGAGAGUCCAUAUACGAUGUGGCGAAGAAAGAUACGGCUGAUGCCGAAAGAAUGAGUUCUGUGGUUGGAAAGAGAAUUGAUCGAUAUAAAGAAGUGUCGGAUGAGAUUGAAAAGUUGAGAGUGGAAGCUGAGGAUCAGAUCGCCUUCUCGAGAAAUUCCAUCGAAAAAGCAAGAUCCGAAGAAUUGAUGAAUAUGGUCGAGGAUAAGGAAAAGAUCAAUAUGACUUUGGCGGAACUUCCGGAAAUGGNUGAGAAGUGUCAGAACAUUACUUUACUUUAUUCGCAACUGAUCGAUGAAUACGACGAAGAAUAUGUGCAAGCAUCCAACCGACAUGCUGCUGAACUGGAAAUCCAAGCCCAAAAGAUUAUGGACCGUUUCGUGGAUACAAGAACAGAAACUGAAAAUCCAUUGAAGGCAUCUCAUGCUUAUGAGAAUAUCCUUGAAGCUCUUAAGAAUGCAACAGAAGCUGUUGAUUCUGCUGCUGAAGCUUCUGAAGCUGUAUCAAAGAUCCUGGGAUCAGAAUCUGGAGAAUCUAACGAAGAAAGCCUUACCAGUCAGUUGGCAAGGCUCAGAAACGAAAGUUCAGUUGAUGGCGUGGACACGAAGAGUGUAACUGAAAGUGAGGAAGAAUUGAAGAAGGAAAUCAACGAAUUGAAGAAUCGAUUGGGAUAUUUGAACGAAUUGAAAAUUGAUAUCAUCAAGAGGCUUGGAGUGAUUAAAAAUGAAGCGUCGUCCUGGGAUGAUAAACACGAUCGUAUGCAUUCUGUUCUGAAGAACGGAGCGAAAACAGCCCAUGAACGAUCUGCGAAUGUGAAAAAGGAAUCUGAAGCAAUCAAGACCGAAAUCACCGCCGUGAAAGCUGAAGUGGAGAAGUUGAUGAACAGUACUUCAAGUGGUGUUCAGGAAGAUAAGGAGAAGAUCAGAGCAUCUAGAACUGGAGUGGAGUACAAUGCACAACAACUCAACAAAGUUGGAAAAUUGAGUGCUGCGAAUCAAGGAAGAGCUGAUAAGAUGGCCAGAAACAUUGCUUUACUCAAAGACAAAAUCGAGCAGACAAGAGAAAGAGCAUACCAAAUCCGUCUGUCUCUGAACUCCGGAGAACGAGGACUCUGCAAAAGAUCGUACAUCUCGCCAGUAACUCCAUCUCCAGUCAAUACUUUCCAUAUAACAUACCGUCCUUUGCAACGUGUUUCUGAUGCAGUUGUGCUUGUGAGCAAAACCAAAGGAAGGAGAACUCAAGCAUCUGAGUAUGUUGCUGUUGAGAUUCGUGACCAGAGAGUUGUUGUUCAUUGGGAUAUUGGAGCUGACAAGAAAAUGAUCACUAACAGUCAUCCGAUGAAUUAUAUCCCAUCUAAUGACAGAGUCACUUGGUAUCACAUCGAUAUUCUGAGAAUUGGAAAUGCAGUAAAUCUUACUGUAGCUCUCAAGGAAAGCUAUGAUGGAGGUUUCAAGCCACGCGGAGCUCCUGUAUCGGUGUUUGUUGGCAACUCGAAGGAUAGCAGCUCUAUCUUCAACACUAUUCCUGGAGAAACUACAAUUGAUGUUGGAACGGAUGAGGCAACGUCUUCUGAAAUCGGAUUGAUCACUCAUAAAUUCAAUGGAAUCGUUGGUGGAUUACGUAUCGAUGGAACUCCAUUGCCUCUCUGGUCGUUUGAAUCAACGACUGGAGAAUGCGAAGGAGCCACUGCCCCACCGAAAACUUCUCAACGAGGGUACUUGUUCAGAGAUGGAUUCGCUGAAGUAUCGAUGUCAGUUUCUGAGAGAACCAUGUCCGCAAUCACAGUCGUCUUUAAUGCAUUCUCUCCAAACGGAUUAUUGUAUUUCCGUGGAAGUGAGAAGAGUUCAGACUUUGUUGCAAUUUAUUUGAAUGAUGGAAGAGUCGUAUUCAAGAUCAAUUUGGGAGGAGGAUCUAGUGCAGAACUGGCGUCCCAAAAUAUCUAUAAUGAUGGAAAGGAACACACAGUGAAGGCAAUUAGAACUGGAAGUGAAAUGUAUCUUCAAGUGGAUUCAGAUGCCGAUAGAUUCAAUACAGUGAUAACUGGAGAGAACACUGCAUUGAACAUUGACAAUGAGCAGCAUUACGUGGCUGGCGUUCCAAUGACUCUGAACAAAGAAGUAUUUUCUGACUACUCCAUCAAUUGGAAUGGAUUCAUUGGAUGUAUUCUAACUGUGAAGCCUUCUCAAGUUGGAGAACUCGACUUGGAUCAUCCUGAGCAAUCACAAGGAAAAUCUGAAGGAUGUUCGUUCAGUAAUAGAUCUACUGAUAAAAUCAUUGGAUUCCCGAAACCAGGAUAUCUCAUUGCAAAGGGAAUUUCGAUUGAUAAUAGCUCAACAUUCUCAUUCUCCUUCCGAACUCGAGAAGAAAAUGGAACACUCAUUUAUCAGUCAUCAAAACUUCAAAAAGUAUCAAAGAGGGAUGUCGAAUCAGAUGGAAAAGGAUACAUGGCAUUCUAUUUAUUCCGUGGAUACCUAGUUCUUCAUUUCGGAAAAGAUGCUUCAUCGAGAAAAGAAGUCGUCACUUUCCGAUCAACUCAUCCAUACAAUGAUGGACAAGUCCACGCUGUUUUCAUGUCAAGAAACGGAAAAACAAUUUCGGUAUAUGUAGACGACAAAGAAAUCGGAGAGAGUCAAACACUUUCCGACGAAUCUUCAGUUGGCACUUCUUCAGGACUUUUGGUUCUUGGUGGAUUCAGUGAUGAUCUUAAACCACCAAAUGACGAAAUUCCAAUUUCGUCAUUCUUCAUUGGAUGCAUUUCUGAUGUUCUCUUGAAUCUUCAACCGGUUUCAUUAACUCCGGAGAAACAUAAUGCUCAAGUUGGAAUGUGUUCAAAGGAUGAGAAUCAUAAAAUGUCCCCGAUGGAUGAUCCAAUAGAUGGAGAUGGACACAAUGGUCACAGGAAGUCUUCAAAACUUAGCUUCGAAGCAAUGAAUCGGAACUAUUAUGGUGAGAAAAUUUAUGGGUCCCAUUUCAACGUCAUAUUUUCAGAAGUAUCAACACAAUCCUCUCACUUAGUUAUGAAUCGCGAUGGGGAAGAAGAACAAAACCAGGGAGAGAAAACUUGUGAAACUUCGAUUGGAUCACUUCGAGGAGCCGUCAGAUAUGGGCUUUCGAAAUCUUCUCACAGUCGAAUUAAUUUCGAAGCUCCAUAUCCGAACAUCACAGACUUCACUAUAAAACUGUCUCUGCAAACUGAAUCUUCAAAUGGAAUGAUUUGGGUCUGGGCAAACUACAAAAACUACACUCGUUACAUCUUCUUGGAUUUGAUUGAUGGAUUCGCGACUCUCGAGAUCAAGGGACACAAACAGCCGAAAAUUCUGAAACAUUUGGGACGUCGUCUAAAUGAUGGACAAUGGCACGAUGUGAUGAUUGAGAAGAAGAAUAGGUCGUUGAAGCUUCGAAUUGAUUCAUUAGAAGCAGUUGAGAUGAAUGACUGUCCUACUCCGAAAGUGAUGAAGAAACGAGUUUAUGUGGGUGGUGUCAUUUCAAGACACAGAAGGCAGUUCGGACUGACAACUCCAGGAUUCGAUGGAUGUAUUCGAGAUUUUGAGGUAUCUAGAUUCAUGAAUAAUAAAAUUUACGAACACUUGGAUGAUCCAUCAACUUCGAAAAAUGUGAUGCCUUGCGCCAAAGCAUGCAAACUGAAAAGAUCGUCAAUUUUGAAGAAAAAGCGGGGAGCUCCAAACAGAAAAUCUAACCAGAACUGA